UGGAAUUCUUGCGAUUACCACCCUUUAGAUUGUUAGUAACAACAUUUAAUACUAAAACAGAAACCCAUAGCUUGAAGGGUGGUUUGGUCAUUUUAAAUACGUUGUGGUUGCGUCUGAGUCACGUGACUUCCGAAAACAUUGAAGUCUUGAGGUUCAGCUACGCCCGCCAUUUUCUUUAGUAGCCAAGAACCGAGUCGUCUUCUCCUCUUAUCUUGAAAUCACACGCAAAACGCCGUCGUAUUACUCGUAACUUUGAAAGCAGUGAUCAUGGUUCAGCUAAUGAGAUCCGACCACCAGUGCCUGAAAAAGGUGAAGCUUGAAUCCAAUGAAGAUCAUGACCUUCCUUCUCUUCACAAGCGUCCCAAAUUCGAUUCUCCACCUAAGAGUGAUGAUUCAAUUGCGGUUCCUACAGCAGGUUCUUACAAUCCCUUGGAUGAGCCAAGCCCCUUGGGUUUGCGUCUCAGGAAGAGUCCUUCCCUUUUGGAUUUGAUUCAGAUGAAGCUCUCACAGCAACAAGAUGAUAACGCUUCCGCAAUGGCACUUGCCAGUAAGAAAGAUCAUAAGGCUGGUGCCAAAGCUGCUGCUUCUUCUUCUGCCACUGAUUCUAAGCUCAAGGCCUCUAAUUUCCCUGGCACAGUAUUGAAGAUUGGGACUUGGGAGUAUAAGUCUAGAUAUGAAGGGGAUUUGGUGGCAAAAUGUUACUUUGCUAAGCAUAAGCUUGUUUGGGAAGUGCUUGAUGGUUGUCUUAAGAACAAGAUUGAAAUCCCUUGGUCUGAUAUCAUGGCUAUCAAAGCAAACUAUCCUGAUGAUUCCCCUGGAACACUUGAAGUAGUGCUGGCUAGAAGACCCUUGUUCUUUAGGGAGAUCAAUCCACAACCAAGGAAGCAUACCUUGUGGCAAGCAACAUCAGAUUUUACUGGUGGACAAGCGAGUUUGCACAGGAAUUUGUUUCUGCAGUGCCCUCAGGGGUUACUAGGGAAGCAUUUUGAGAAGCUCAUUCAGUGUGAUCCCCGUCUCAACUAUUUGAGCCAGCAGGGCGAGAUUGUGUUGGACUGUCCAUGUUUCGAAACCAGUAACGGAAUCGAAGACCAAGUUGAACCUAGUUGUCUCGACAGAAAGAGCGACGUGCAAGCCGGUUUUUUUGGGUUGCGGGAUGUUGAAUCAGGGUCUGCAGCGCAAUCAUCCUCCUCAAAAAGUGAACAUAAUCUUGGGAAAGCUUUUGAAAAUGUUUCUCAAGAAAUCACCUCACCUAGCUCAGUAAACACCCAUGCAGUCAGAGAUUUAGGAAAUAGAGGAGUUGAAACUCUGAAGAUUCUUAGCAAUUUGGAUCAGAUCAAACUCUCUGGUCUUCACCCUUCAAUGUCCAUGAAUGAUCUGGUUAACCACAUUGAAACCUGCAUCUCGGAACAGAUGGCAUCCGGGAACCCUAACUUCGCUGGUGGCGACGGCCAGCUCAGCAGAUCAAUCUUGGAGGAAUUCACACAGUGCUUGUUCAACGAUAACACUCAACUCGCAGCAGCAGUCCCAGAUGAACAUUAUGUGAUGUCAAGGGUGAACUCACUCUGCUGUCUCCUGCAGAAAGAUAACAUUAACAAUAACCCUUCAACAGUAACAACAGGCACAAUGAGGAGAAAUGGUAAUAAUGGUGUUGAUGCAGAUGCAAAUGGAAAAAUUGGUGGUGGUGAGAGUAACAAUAACAAUAACACCAAUCAAUGCAAGAGUAAAGGGAUUGAUUUGGAACUUAAUCAGCAAGAUGGUGAUGGUUCUGGCUGCAACAAGCAGCAAGGAAGUAGUGGCUUAGCAAGAAAGGAAUCAGUUGGUGAUUUGCUGCUUAAUCUUCCAAGGAUUGCAUCUUUGCCACAGUUUCUGUUUCCCAUGCCUGAGGAUUCUGUGAAUCAAGUUAGAUAGCAUAGUAACAACGAUGUGUUAUCGAAGUUUGCAAUGCAAACAUCAUAGUUUCCAGCUUUCCAUCAUCAUAUGUAGUCUUCAGCAGUGUGAAUAUAUUAUAUAUGCAGUCAGUUUUUUGUUUCAACCCAACCCAACAGGGAUUCAGAGAUCCACAUUGAUGAAGAAUCCUUUGCAGACACUAUGGGAUAUACGUUGUUGUAUUUUUCAGUGGAGAGAAAAAUGAUUAAUUACCUUUCGAAACC